AUGCCGUUUAAACUUGAAUCAGUGCUGGAGCCCUUCAAAGGCGAAGGUGACUUUGCUCUAUGGCUGAGGGAGUUUGACACUGUUGGUGAUGCUUCUAAGUGGAGUCCACGCCAGAAGGCGCAGUACUUGGUCCUGUUCAUGAAGGGUGCCGCAAAAGAUGUCGCUCGGCAAGCUCUAGAUGAAGUGGAGGACGUGGUCGAGAGCGACAGGGUCUAUACGCAUGUGGUACGACGUUUAGGGCAAGCCUACUCUUUGAAGACAGGGCAAGCUUGGAAAUUGUUGAUAACGCGCUCAUGGCGUGAGGGAGACACGGUGGAUGGUGUGCUUGCAGAGUUCAAGAGAUAUCUGCGAGUCCUGGGUGUUACUUCCGGCGUAGCCACGGACGUGUUGCUCAAGGAGAGUAUCCUGUAUUGCCUACCCCCCGACGUCCGCAAAGCUAUCGAUGCGUUUGAGGAGGAUGGGAAGGAACUUGCAUUGAACGAUGUCGUUGCUAAAGCACGGACCCUAUUGAAGCUCAUGCCGAAGAACACUCAACCGGUGGCGGCGGCCAUUACUAGUGGCAAAUAUUGCUAUGUGUGUAAAGCAACUGGGCACACAGCUAAGGAAUGUGGCCGAAAUGAUAAUGUGCCGAGAAGGAGACAAGAUAAACCUGACAAGAUGAAGAAGGUCAAGUGCUUCGCAUGUCAUCAACGAGGCCAUUUCGCUAGAGACUGCCCCGCUAAGUCCGGCCUUAAGCAAGCCGCUGCUGCACAAGUCGAGAAGGGUUUUCUCAAAGCAAGGCGAGGUUGCAUCGUGUGGCUCAUACACUGUAUAUGGAAGCUUGGAAGAUCUUCUUCAACGGUCAGGUUAGCGUAA